AUGGCGACGCCUCUGGGGUCCGGGUCCCCUUGUACUGGUGCAAAACGUAGAAAUUGCAGCAACAAUAUAGUCACAAAGUUUACGACUAGUAGAAUUACUGGCAAGAGUUUCAGUCGAGGAACGCAGCUCCCAGAAGGCCUGCUCCAGGAAAGAGAUAAACGUGCCAAGUGGCAUGGCAUCCCUAUACUGCUUCAGAAGCUCUAUGAGAGCAGCCACCCCAACAGUGACCUCUCACAUGCCCACAGCUUUCUCAAGGUGUUGUCAUCCCAGCUCUCCAUGGAGGCCAUGUCCUUUGUCACUGAGGACAGGAAGACUGCUCAGGAAUCCACUUUCCCCAACACAUACACCUUUGACCUAUUUGGAGGUGUCGACCUGCUCGUGGAAAUUCUGAUGAGACCUACACUAUCUAUGCAGAAGAAAAAACCCAAAAUGAAUGAUGACCUGGUCAAAGACUGUCUUAGUGUUCUGUACAACUGCUGUAUAUGUACAGAAGGGGUGACAAAGAGCCUGGCAGCUAGGGAUGAUUUUGUUCUGUUUCUCUUCACCCUGAUGACAAAUAAGAAGACCUUUCUGCAGACUGCUACCCUCAUUGAAGAUAUUCUUGGAGUAAAAAAGGAGAUGAUCCAGUUAGAGGGAAUCCCCAACCUGUCAGGCCUGGUUCAAAGCUUCGACCAGCAACAGCUGGCCAAUUUCUGUCGGAUUUUGUCAGUCACCAUCUCGGAACCCGACGUAGGAAAUGAUGACAAGCACACUCUGCUGGCCAAAAAUGCACAGCAGAAGCGAAACGCUAGUCCCUCACGAGCUGAGGUCAACCAGGUAACCCUUCUGAACAUCCCUGGCUUCAUUGAGCGGCUGUGUAAGCUGGCCACCAGAAAGGUGUCUGAAGCCACAGGAGCUAACUUCCUGCAGGAGUUGGAGGACUGGUACACAUGGCUGGACAAUGCCUUGGUCCUGGAUGCCCUCAUGCAGAUGGCUACUGAGGAGGCCGAACAAAGCAGCACAGAGUCUUCAGAUGAAAGCUCUCUGGCCACCAGCCCCCUCAGACACAGACUGCCUCAGUCCAUGAAGAUAGUCCAUGAGAUCAUGUACAAAGUCGAAGUCCUCUAUGUGCUCUGUGUCCUCCUUAUGGGCAGGCAGAGGAACCAGGUUCACAAGAUGCUGGCUGAGUUCCGUCUCAUCCCAGGGCUCAAUAACCUGUUUGACAAGCUGAUCUGGAGGAAAUACACCACUUCAAACCACGUAGUGCACGGCCAGAACGAGAACUGCGACUGUAGUCCAGAAAUAUCCUUCAAAAUUCAAUUCUUGCGACUCCUUCAGAGUUUCAGUGAUCACCACGAGAACAAGUAUCUCCUCCUUAAUAGCCAGGAACUGAAUGAACUUAGUGCCAUAUCAAUGAAGGCUAACAUCCCAGAGGUGGAAGCUCUGGUCAACACUGACAGAAGUUUAGUGUGUGAUGGGAAGAAGGGCCUGCUCACACGACUCCUCACUGUCAUGAAGAGAGAACCCCCAGACUCCUCUUUCAGGUUCUGGCAGGCGAGGGCAGUGGAGAGCUUUCUCAGAGGAGCCACAUCAUAUGCGGACCAAAUGUUCCUGCUAAAGAGGGGUCUAUUAGAGCAUAUCCUGUUCUGCAUCAUCGACAGUGGUUGUACAUCACGAGAUGUUCUUCAGAGCUACUUUGAUCUGCUUGGAGAGCUCAUGAAGUUCAACAUUGAUGCCUUCAAAAGGUUCAACAAAUAUGUCAACACUCCAGAGAAGUUUCAGGCCUUCCUGACGCAGAUCAACAGUUCUCUGGUGGACUCCAACAUGCUGGUGCGCUGCAUCGUCCUUUCUUUGGAUCGCUUUGAGAGCCAGACUGAGGAUGUCAAAGUGGUGGAGGUCCUUUCUGAGUGCUGCCUGUUGUCCUACGUGGCCAGAGUUGAGAACAGGCUGUCCUUCCUCUUCCGACUCAUCAAUAUCAUCAACGUGCAGACGCUCACACAGGAGAACGUGAGCUGUCUAAACACCAGUUUGGUAGUCCUGAUGCUGGCCAGAAGAAAGGCUAAAUUGCCCUUCUACCUCAACGCCCUGCGGGAGAAGGAGUACACCGAGAAGUAUCCAGGCUGCCUGCUCAACAACUUCCACAACCUACUGCGUUUCUGGCAGCGCCACUACCUCAACAAGGACAAAGACAGCACCUGCCUGGAGAAUAGCUCCUGCAUCCCCUUCAGCUACUGGAAGGAGACGGUGUCAGUACUUCUGGGCUCAGACAGGACUUCUCUGUGCGCUAUAGCGAGCUACAUUGAUGAGCCCUUCAUGGAUCUGGACAGAGACCUGCUGGAGGAUUGA